CCAAAUUUUCGUCUUCGUCUGUUGAAAUUGAUUGGAUUGGUACACGUUACGAUGAAACUUGACCAGAUUUAGCAUUUUACUAGACUUUUUUACUUGUCAUCGUUUGCAGUUUUGUCCAAUAACUGUCGUGACUAAGAUGAAUCACAAGGAGGAACAGAACAAUGAGCUAGAAGCUCUAGAGUCAAUCUACUGCGGUGAACUCGAAGUACUCUCGAGGGAUUCUCCUGUCAAGUUUCAAAUCCCAGUUAAAUCAGAAGAGUAUGACGCUGAAGAGGGGUCCGGGUAUGCAUGCACACUUAAAUUCACAUACACAGAAAGGUACCCCGAAGAUCCUCCGGAAAUUGAAAUAGAAGAUAUGGAACAUUUUGGUGAUGAUGAUGAAGUCAGAUUAAAAGACCACCUGCUAGAACAGGCCGAGAUUGUAAUGGGUGAAGUUAUGAUCUUUACAUUAGUUUCUGCUGCACAAGAAUGGCUUUCAACCAAUUGGGAUAAUGCAAAGAGAAGUCAAGAUGAGGAAAGAGACAGGAAGAUCAGAGAGGAAGAAGAUGCAGAAAGGAAACGGUUUGAAGGCACCCUUGUCAAUCCAGAGACAUUUUUUGCCUGGAAAGCUAAGUUUGAUGCUGAAUUUGCUCAUUUAAAAGUUUUGAAAGAAAAAGAUACAGGAAAACUGACAGGAAGACAGAUGUUUAUGAAUGACAGUACUCUUGUUCAGUCAGACUUGAAAUUCCUCGAGGAUUCAGAAGACUCAAAGCCAUUUGAUGAUGAUAAUAUUAAGGUUGAAGUUGAUGAAGAUUUGUUUAAGGACAUAGAAGAAUUGGACAUUGGAGAAGAAAACUUUUCUGACUCUGAAUGAGGCAAUUAUAAAAUGUUGUCUACUUCAAGUUGUUACAUUGUUUGUCAUUUCAAAGCCUUUAUUUUUAACUCUAUUGAGCUGCUCUGAAGCAUUGCUACUUGUUACUUGGUUGUGUUCUUCAAAGGCUCUUUAUCACCACAUCUGAAGAGCACAGAAUUUCAAGACCAUAGAAAAAUUGAAAUGAUGGACUGAACCUUAUGUUAAGGCUGUAAAAGUGUAAAACUUCAUGGGUCAUUUUAUAAUUUCAUAUUGAAAAAAUAAUAAUUAAGAAAUUAGAGUUAAA